AUGCCAAGUCUCAUUCAACGACUCUCUCUUCGUCAUUCUCUUCAACAACGACAAUCCAUCCAACAAGACAGACGAAGAACCAUUCGAGGAAUUCCGUUCUUUCAUGAUUUUAAAAUUGCAAUUUUGGGAGCUGAGAAAGUUGGAAAGAGUUGCAUUGCUCAGAGAUGUGUGGGAAAAGAACAAGUUCCAAUCGAACACGAACCAACCAUCGAGGAUGAAUAUGUAACCAAAAUACAAUUUACUUUUCGAAUGCCUGCUCCACCUCCUUUUCAAGAAGCAGAGAAUGACAUUCCAAUUAAGGAAAAUCCAAAAGGUGACAUUUAUGGAUACAAACAAAUGGCACAUGACUUGGAAAUUAUUCCUCAAGAAUUGAGAGAUUUUAUGAAAUUGGACGAUACUUUAUUAUCAAUCAAGCAACAAAAAGAUGAAUUACAAGCAGAAAAAGAAAAGCAAAAACAAUCCAAAACGAGAAAGUUUUCAUUUUUCAAAAAGAGAAAAGAUUCCACAACGAGUCAGUCAAAUGUAAAUUCUCCAAAUCAUCAUCAUUCAACCACUCAUUCUACACAACAUCAUCAUUCAGCACAUUCUCCAAAUAAUUCAGUCAUUCACGAUUUAAUGGAACAUCUUAAUCAUGGACUUUUAAACAAUUCUCAUGCAGUAGAUACUUCUGCAAAACAUGUGACAGUUGUUGAACAACCACAACUGAACGAUUCUGAAAAUCAAGAGGACAUUGCUACUCUUCAUCCUUUUCACAGCUUAAUAUCCGAUAUUUCCUACAGCUUUGAACAAGAUGUCAUUUGUCGUGUGACCAUUGUGGACACGAGUGGACAAUCUGCCACACGGAAACAAGUUUCUAAUCUCUCUGAAAUGGAUGGAUUUAUGUUGGUUUUUGACAUGAAUGAUAAAUCCUCGUUUGCUCAACUUCAAGUAUUAAUUGAGGAAUGUAAGACAGCAUAUUUUAAAUCGGGUUUAGAUUUGGAUUCGAAUGGUGGAUCGAGUUCGAGACGUGACUCUGUGACAAGUGGCAUUUCUACGGACACCACAGGAACAAGUUCCACUUCGAGUUACGUGUUGCCACCAGAUCCAACGCUCUUUCCUGAAUUUCCUCCAAUGGUUAUUGUGAUGAAUAAGAUUGAUGAACCUCUUUCUCAUUCGAAAACUGUCAAUGCUGAAUAUGGUUAUACUUUGGGAGAGAAUUCGCAUUGUCCGUUCUAUGUGGUGAGCGCCACUGAAAAUUGGAAUAUUCAAGAAUGUUUUGAAGCAUUAUUAAGUGAAAUUAUUAAGAGAAAUAUUGAGGAGGGAAGAUAUGACAGCAAAUCUUCUAGUACUAAUGGUGCCACGACAAGUACAGGUACACAAAUCUUUGUGAAUCCAAAUAUUAGUAUUUCUUCAACAUCCACAACGAGUAGUAUUGGUAAUCAACCUUCAGGAAGGCCACGAAACAUGGUAUUGCCUUCCCUUAGUAUUGGAAAUGAGAUAUUCUCGGAGGAGGAGCUUCUUAGAGUGCAAUCGAGUCAUUCUCAGAAACAAUUAGUUCGACAAAGUGUCUCUGCUACAUUGCGGAAAUAUGUGAAAAAACAAUUUUUAAAGAAGUAA